AUGGAGGAGGCGAUUGUUCGACUCAUUGCUCGCCGAGCUCUUUCCGCCCUGGACUAUGAAGGGGAGCGGUGGCGGCAGCAGCUGAAACAGCAGCAACAGCAGCAGCAGCAGCAGCAGGGGGAAGAACAUCAGGGGCAGGAUGGGCGCGGGGAGACUCAGGGCACGCAUUGGGCUGGGAAGGGAGCGGAGGCCAACCUGGGUGGCGAGGCAGACUCUGUGCUCUCGUGGGGGGUGGGGGGCAAGGGUGCAGCGGACGGAGGCUCCGCCGUGCCUGCAUCGCUUCGGCCUCUCUCCUGGCGCCUGGACUUUGCAACUCGCCUGGCCGUCAGCAACGCCAACCUUCGAGUGGUGUACGAGGCUCAGCUGGUCGGACUGAUGAGGUCAAUCGGCUUGCAGGAAGACCAGCACCUUGUCGGCUUGUCCGGGGCGGCGGGGGGGGGCGGGUGCGCCAGCGGCGUAGGAGAAGGGAAGAUGAGAAAACGCCUGUGUCUCUCCUCUCCCUACUCCACCCGCGGCAGCGGUAGCGGAAGGAAGCGCCGCCGCACGAAAUCCUUAUCCCGAGCGGACGUCGUCGCUUCUGCCCAAAGCCCCAAGAAGAAGAAGGCCAAUGAGCCUCCCGGAAAGAGAGACGGGCAUGCGCGCUGCCACUCCUCCUACCUCUUCUUCCGCCCGGGCGCGGACGACCCCGCGCUCGCCGCCUCGUGCUCGUCGCCAUUGUCCGGCGCCGCGAAGAACGUCAAUCGGAGGGACAAGCGAAUGCCGGACAUGGUCGAAGCCGCGAUCGGAGAGGCGUUCGAGGCUUCUCUCGGAAGGACCUUCGGCGGCGGCGCCGGCGGCGCCGGGUCGUCGUCUUCGCAUCCUCCGGGGCCUCGGCGGUUCGCGGGAGCCCACAGAGCCCGGUUGGUGGACGGCCUCCUGUGUUCCGCGCUCAGCACGGACUUGUUUCUUUCCGGACUCGAUGGGUCCAGGGUCGGCGCUGUCCGGGAGCGUUUCGGGGAAGAGGUAGAAGGCCCUUACGCUCGUGACGACGGCUUUGUCAGCAGCUCCGGUUUUGUCAACAGCUUCGGCGCCCUUGACAGCAGCAGCGGCAGCAGCAGCGAGGAUGAAGAGGAGACGGGGGGAAUGGAUGAGGGAAGGGAGGAUUUAGGGGGAAGGUUGGGUGAGGAGGGGUCAUCGCUUUCGGAGGACCUUGCUGCUGCGAAGUCUUCCGCCGCCGCCGCCGCCGCCGCCGCUUCUAUCGCCGACUCCACCGUACCGGAAGGAACCAGUACCGAAGAGCUCACCGCUGCGGGGAGGCAGGGUGUUCUCCGGCUGUACGGAUCGGCGCUGAUAAAGCUACGGGUGUCCGUUUUCCUCUUUUGCUCGGCAUCGAUGGCGGCGGCUGGACCGACGGGAGAAGGAGAUGGGGACGGGGAGAAGAGUAUAGAUGGCAACGAUAAGCAGGGUCCCUCCGAGCUUACGCUUCGGCGGCAGGGAGUCAUGUCUCGGGAGAACUUGGACGCGGUCGCGGCGCAUCUGUUGUCCCUCCGAACAGAAACUGGCGGCGGAGACGGCGACGUGCAGAGAGAGGUCGACUCACCUGUAGCAGUAGCAGCAGCAGCAACAUGUACAGCAACAGCAACAACAACAUCAGGAGCAGGAGCAGGAGAAGCGGUAGAUUCGGGAAGAAGGGCCAGGGACUGGAUGAAAAUCGAGGUCGGUCGAGCGGCGCUUUGCGCCGGCGGAAGCAACGCCGCCGCCACCGCCACCGGUGCGGGGAGGAACGUGCCCUUCAGCACCCGGGUAGCCGCGCUCCUCCUCUCCAGGUCCGGCGAACGAGGCGGUCCACCCCGUGCCGCCGCCUUCGCCGCCGGCACACCGCCGAGUGGCGAGGAGAGCACGGCGCAAAAAGGGUCAGGCGGAGGGGGGCGGCGACGGUCGAGCGGCGAGGAGGGGCCUCGGGUGAUAAGGACAACGCCGAGUGUGGCGGAGAUCGAGUUCGGGCGCGACCCUUGGCCCGAGGAGGACCUUCCGAGGGCGAGCGAGCAGGUUGCUCGGAUUUUUCUCGGCCAAGGCGCCGGAGACAGGGCCGGCGCCGCCAGCAGCAAUAGGGGUGGCAACAGCGGCGGCAGCGGCAGUGGCGGAGUCGUCACCGGUGGCGGCAUCGUCGCAUCCGGCGAUGGCGGGACGAAUCGUCCCCGUCCGUCUCCCUCUCGUUCGUCUCCCUCUCCUGCUUCCGCUUCUCGCCCGCUUGGAAAGAAACGCAAGCGCCCGGGCGGCAGCGGCGGCGAUGGCCAGCCCCCGCCGCGCUACGCCCGACUGCUGGGCCAGCUCCCGCGGGACAGCCGCCACCUCCUUGCUCGGCUAGGCCACCACGGGUACGUGAAAGUCCUCGAACACAUCCUGCAGGGAUUCCUGCGUUCCUCCAACGGUUCUGCCUCUGCUGAGGCUCCCGCCGCCGCCGCUCCCGCCGCUGCGGGUGACCCCGCUUCCUCCUCGGCUCUCGAGACCAAAAUUGGCACCACCGAUACUGCCGGUGCCGGUGGUAGCGAGACCGCGGCUCGCCCCGCGCCUGAUAACGCCGCCGCCGCCGACGAGAGCGCGCCACCGGACGCAGAUUCAAUCCUUACGGAGAUUGCGGGGUCCUCCGCUCCCGGGGACGACCUACAUGACUCUUCGUCGCCGCCGCCGCCGCAGCUUCCAGACCUAGACCCAGAUCACGACCCAGGCCGGAGUGAUCCCUGGCGGGCGCUGCAAGCGGGGGCCCCGCACCCGUGCCUCUCUGGCCUGGUCGAACCGCCCGAGCUGGCGACCGCGGUGGGCACGCGGUUGGUGCUGCCGAUGCCGAACCCCUUCUACCGGCGAGUCUUGCACGCCCUCUGCCGCGUUCACGGGCUCCGUUCUCGCGGCGGAGAGACGUUGGCGGCGAAACGAAGACUGCCACCGCCGCCGCCGCCUGGACCGAAGGGAGAGAGGGGUGGGGGGGCAGCAGCGGCAGCAGCGGCAGCAGGCCGGGCACUCGCAACGACGGAAGGAGAAGCGGGGCAAGGCGUCGGGAACUUGGGGGGCAUCGCGGUUCGACAUCGCACGGUGGAGGUCACGAGGGGAGACGACAGUGGCGAGGGGCAGGAGAAGAAGCGGCCCGCGGACAGGCGAGGGCUUGCAGACGCGUUGAUUCCUGUUGAGGUGUUGCUGGGUGGAGAGGCAAGCGCCUGACGUCAUCGGAAGGCCGCUUUCCCUAGCUUGUAGCGCAUUGACUUGGCCCUACCCGACCAACCGAUGAGAAAGCUGUCAGACAUUUUAGACGGGAAAUAUCAGCCGCCUUGCCUGUGUGCAUGUUUGCGCGCUUCCGGGUGUGGCCAAGUGUGUUAGCAUCACGCUCCUCGACCAUGUCCUUUUUGCCCGGUGCUUAUCCUUCGCGAUCCUUCGCGACAAAUGAUACCGGGUGAGCGGAUGAGAGAAAGCCGCGCCAGUACGUUUCUCACAUGCGUGCCCUCUGAGAGUGGUGUUGACCUGCUGCGCUUCUUGGUUGUCUCGCUAUGUUGGUCGCAGCGAA